AGAACCGCAGUUCUUGUUCAUUAGUUGUGGUCGGGAUUUCCAUUCCCUCACAGUGGUUACUGGGGAACUGAGUGGACAGUUUGCCCUCUAGUGCUUCGACCAGCGGGCAGUGCAGGAGGCAGUCUUGGCUGUGUGGUCACUUGAAUGCUGGGCACCGUACUACUGAAGAGUUGCUUGUCUUGUUGGUAGAUUCUCUCAGUGGAGAGUUCUCUCAGUGACGGAGUGAGUUGCAGUGUCAGAAUGCAGCAUUUGCAGCAUCUUCCCACUGGAGCAAGGUGGACUUUAAUAAAACACUGUUCAGCCACCUCUAUUAUGGGUCCUUUUACAGGUGCGUGCAGGACAUCCGCGGGCAGGUGUCCACCGGGCCGGCUGCCAACCCUGAAGCAGAUUGGCAUCACCAGCGUUAGGCCCAUAAGUCACUCCUGUUCUUGGAGGCCAGGAUCGUUGCAGCAUCUCCGGUGUUGUCUCCAUCAAUGCAAGGCACUCAGCACCAGCCCUGGUCGAGUUUCAGCAGAUCCAAUUGAAGAGCACAGGAAGAGGCUGAAGGCUUGGUUUGGUGACAUGUCCAUUGAGGAGAAGCAGUUUGGAUUAUUUUCUGUGGGAAACUGGCAUGGGGAGCCAGUGAUCGCUGAGAGCUCUCGUGAAGAGAACCGGGAUCUCACCACAAAAUUCGGAAUCUACAGCCACAUUGACCCUCAAGAAUCGAAGAUUAUACAGCUUGAUGAAGUGUUCACCACUCGGUCCGUUGAGCCUCCUGUGAAGAAUGUGGUUUUGUUUGGGAUAGUGGGAAUGGGCAAAGACCUGGUGGUUCAGAGACUUGUCCUGGACUGGUGCGAUGGGCGCUUCAAUCAGUUUGAUCUAAUCCUCCCCUUCUCCUGUGAAGAUUUGUCAUCUCAGAGUCAGUCCAUUUCUCUCAAUAGGUUAAUCUGUCAAAAGUAUACCCAGCUGAAAACGAUAGUGCCUCAAAUUGGGUCGGGUAAAGUCGGGAAUAUCCUCUUCAUUUUCAAUGGACUGGAGCAGUUGAAACUUGACUUCCGGCUCUUGAAGAACAGGCUGUGCAAUGAUCCAAAUGAGCCGCUGCCGCCAGACAACUUGGUGGUCAACCUGAUCCGCAAGUACAUGCUCCCAGACGCCAGCAUCCUGGUCACCAUGCGGCCAUCAGCCUUGGAUUCCAUCCCUGCCGAGUAUGUGGACCUCUACACCCGCAGUUGUGGCUUCAGUGAUGUUGAGCAGCAGUACCUGUACUUCAGGAACCGCCUGCAAGUGUCGGAGGACAAUCAAACCAACGAGGACUUGAUGAAGAUGCUGUAUAAGAAUCUGCUGAGACAAAAGCAGCUCACAGCAGGCUGUUUCUUGCCAUCGUACUGCUGGCUCAUCUGUGCCACACUGCACUUCCUCCACUUCCCCACUGCAAACAUGCCCAUCCAGACACUGACUGGCCUUUACACUAACUUCCUACGGUUACACUUUAACGCUGGGUAUUUGGAUUUCGGCAGUCAACAAAACAUCUCAAUUGUGCGAUACAUUGCCAAGACAGUUGGCAAGCUCGCUUACGAGGGGAUAGAAGGAAAGAAGGUGCUUUUCAGUGAAAAGGACCUAGAAAGGUCCUUUGGAUUGGAUGACAUGACAGAGGAAGAGUUGAACCAGGUAACUGAUUUUCAGAUUGAUAUGCUGGGCUUUUUCAUGUCUCCUAUUGCUCAGCAAAGCAGCGACCCUCUCCUCAGGUUCACCAUCCCCGCAAUGCAGGAGUACUUGGCCGCCCUGUACGUUGUCUUGGGUGAGAAGAAGACUAUCCUGGAGCAAGUUGGAAGUACCAUAUCCGAUACCAUUGGUAAAGCAAGUGAGGACGUGACUGCUGUCUUGUUCGUUGUCUCGAAACUGCUACCGUUCAGAAUUCUAGCGUUCGUGAGGCUCAUAAAUAUCUUCCCGCGGAUCUUCAGAAAAAUCAGCGGGAAGAACAAGAAGGCCAUUGCCAGCACCAUGGUCUCUGAAAUGUUCAGGGAAGAGGAUGAGUUCAACAAGGAUGUUUUGGAGCAGAUCAAUGCUCGCAUCCUCGGCCGAGAGAGAGAAGGUGUUGGGGAGGUGAUCGGGGAAAGACUGGACACUCAGAGCUUUGAACUCUUCCCAACGUUCAUGGCCGGGUUACUGGCCCCGGAGAACCGCUCCCUCCUAGAACAGCUGGACUGUACAAUAAAGAAUGUAACUGUGCGUGAAAUAGCCAACAACUUGAAGAUGCAUCUCAGCAACACUGUCAGUAGGAAGUUGGCUCCAUCAGAGCUCAUGGACCUCCAGCUCUUCCUGUACGAGCUACAGAAUGAUGCUUUUGCCGGAGAGAUCAGUAGAACCCUAAAGAGCUUAAAUUUGUCUCAAGUUAAGAUGACUUUAUUGAAGAGCUUUGUGAUUACAUCAGUCAUGAGUACAUCGAACCAUCCAAUCGAGAUGAUGGACUUCAGUUUGUGCAACUUAACUGGAGACUACAUAAAAAUCCUCCAGCCCAUUCUGCUCAGAUGCAAGGAUUUAAACUUACAGUUCAACAAUUUAGGACUUGAUGCCUGGAGGGAGAUUGGCAAUCUGCUACUGGAUCCAAAUUGUGCAAUUGAAAAGCUAUGGCUUUGUCACAAUGUGUUGUCUGAGGGUGCGAUUAGCUGCAUUGGACCCUCCAUCACUCAGAACCGUUCCAUUUCUCACUUGUCCCUCCUUCAUACAUCACUUGGAGAUGAUGGUCUGGGGACCCUCGCUCCAUACCUCAGGGAUAACACCAGUCUACAGGAGAUUAACCUCGCCAGCAAUCACAUUACUGAUGCUGCUGCAACAGACCUUGUGGAGAUGGUCAAAGAACAUCCAACGCUGGAAAAGCUCCACCUUUACUUGAAUGAGAUCAGCGACGGUGGAAAGCAGAAGUUGCAGGGCCCCAAACAGGCUGGGGAAGGAGUGAAUGUCCUGGUUUCUAUCACGGAAGGGUCGAACGACUCAAUGCACUGGACACUGAUCCUGAAGAACACAGCGUGGCACGCCGUGAACCAGGACAAGCAGAGUGCCGCUCAUUACCUGAAGCUCCUGCAGAACGACCUCCACUACAGCUGGCAACAGACCGCCAAUCCCUGGAAAAAGCUGAGAAUCUGGCAGGCUCAAAAGCAGUUUGAACACUUGGUGAAACAAGUCCAACAGCAAAAGAAAUAGCCUGUGGUCCGAGCAGCACUCACACCUCUUUGUUUUUGCAGAGAGAGGAUCACAUUGUGGUGAACAAGCUGCCAUCUGCCAUCCCUAAUUGGGCAAAGGUGGAUUGGGAGAGGAAAGUGCUUACCUGAGGGUUGUAGUUGAUCAGAAUUCUGGUGAGUCCUCAAUGAGCGCAAAGUCCCCCUCACUUGGUGUACAUGGCAGGAGUUAGGGAACUGUGCACCAAGCACUGUGAAACACUAGGAUUUGCACCAGGAUUUUCUAGCAGUCCUUGCUGUUAACGUAACAACAAAGCACAGCACUUUAAACCAAAGAUCGUAGUAUUUUUGCUUUAACCUACUGCCCACGGCAGGUGAGACAGCAAUAGUGGAGAGAACACUUGAAUGUGGCCAAUGAUGCCCCCUGGUGCUAGAAGCCUAAAACUUGCAUGCAAUUUAAUUUUGAAAGUAAAUGUGCUCUUUCACCUCACAUCUAUCUGGCCAAUACUCCUUCCCUCAACAUCUGUACACUUGUACAAUCCAAAGCCUUAGUCGAUUUUGUGUUGUAAUGUGUAACUAUCGAAUAAAUCUUCCUGCAGGGUUUAUAGUCCUGGAGUUAAUUGAAUGUAAUCACUGUUGCUGCUGCUGUCUUAAAGAAUGUAACAUUUACUGCC